AAUUUGACACCGUGACGCGCUCACGCGACGCUUGCUCCGAGGCGCACGCCAUCCACACGCCCAGGCGUGGCGACCAAACCCCUCGCGCAACUUUGUUUUAUUUUAUCUCAAUUAUUCUGCAGGAUUUCGUUUCAUACGUAAUCUGUGUGUGCUUCUUCUGGUUUUCACGGAUUUUUUUUUGUUUAUUUCUCAGUUACUGUGGUUUCAUAAUUUUUCUGUGUCGUUAAUUUGGGGAUCAACUGAUUUCGCCGGUUGGUAAUUUUAUCGAAUGGGUUCUGAAUCUGCGGAUUCUGCUGACGAUCGCGUGGAUACGCCUUCGAGUAACAAGAAGGUUGGAAAAGUUCCACGGAAAAUUCACAAAGCUGCGAGGGAGAAGCUGAAACGCGCCAGCAUGAAUGAAUUAUUCUUGGAUUUGGGCAAGACACUUGAUGUAGAUAAUCCGAAUAACGGCAAGGCCUCUAUGCUGAGAGAGACGAUUCGACUCCUUGGGGAAUUGGUUACUCAAAUGGACAGCCUGAAAAAGGAGAAUGCAACUCUUUUGUCUGAAUAUAACUAUAUCACAACUGAGAAGAAUGAGCUCGUCGAGGAGACUUCUGCUCUAGAUGCUCAAGUCAAGGGGCUAAAGAGAGAAAUAGACGAGAGGGGUAUCCUUUCUCAACCUCAGAGCACAUCAACAACACAAUUACCUGAAGACCAUGUUGCAAUUCCACUCAUUGGCCAUGCAUCAGAGACGGCCCCUGUUGUAGGUCCUGUGUUCGUCGUGCCAUUACAUCAUGAGUCCCAACUCCAAGGCUUCCCCAACCCCUUCCCAGGUACGGAUGCGCCUAAGGUGUCGUCUGGUGUGAGCAAACCACGGCCCCGUUACCCUUCGUCUUCUGAUUCUUGGCCUUCACAUAUUCUCACCAAAUAGACUAGAAUGGUUGAAGAUGUUUGAGAGAGUUAGUCAGGCAGCUUUAGUGCCCAAAGCAGGAUCAAAUUGCUGGAGUUGAGAUGUUUGAGUUAGAAUUCGUUUUUCUUUGUAUAUUAGUACUCGUAGAGGGACUCAAAUCUUGUACCAAACCAUGUAUCAUUCUGUAAAUUGUUUCUACUACGAUUAAUGAGUUUUAGAGGGCUUUUGGUAUUUUA